AUGUCGCCGGCGACCAUGUCCCUGACCACGACGACCCGCCUGCCCAUCUGCCGGGCGCAGGACUUGUCCAAGCAGGCGCCUGUACAGAAGCGUGCGCCUCCAGCUGCCAAGGCCACGCCUCCUUCGUCGUCAUCAGACACCGCCGGUUUCAGCAGGAGGAGGCUGCUGCAGUUCGCGGGGCUGGGUCUCGGGCUCGGUCUAGCCGUGAGAGACCCAGCGCGGGCGCGUGCCGAGCCGGCGCUGGCGCCGGAGGACGUGACGUCGAACCGGAUGUCCUACUCGCGGUUCCUGGACUACCUCAACGCCAGCGCGGUGCGGAAGGUGGACUUCUUCGAGAACGGCACGGUGGCCAUCGUCGAGCUGGACGACCCGGCGGCGGCGUCGAGGGUGCAUCGGGUGCGGGUGCAGCUCCCGGGCCUCCCCGCCGAGCUGGUGCGUAAGCUGCGGGACAGGGGCGUCGACUUCGCGGCGCACCCCGUGGAGCCCAACCUCGGGCUCAUGUUCCUCGACCUCCUCCUCAAUUUUGGCUUCCCGCUCCUCUUCAUCGCCUCGCUGAUCUGGAGGUCGGUCACCACGAACAACCCCGGCGCCGGCGGCGGGGGGCCCAGCCUCCCGUUCGGGCUCGGCAGGUCCAAGGCCAAGUUCCAGAUGGAGCCCAACACCGGGAUCACGUUCGACGACGUCGCCGGCGUGGACGAGGCCAAGCAGGACUUCCAGGAGAUCGUGCAGUUCCUCAAGUCGCCGGAGAAGUUCACGGCGGUGGGGGCCAGGAUCCCCAAGGGCGUGCUGCUGGUGGGCCCGCCGGGCACGGGGAAGACGCUGCUGGCCAAGGCCAUCGCGGGGGAGGCCGGGGUGCCUUUCUUCUCGCUGUCCGGCUCCGAGUUCAUCGAGAUGUUCGUCGGCGUGGGCGCGUCGCGGGUGCGGGACCUCUUCAACAAGGCCAAGGCCAACGCGCCGUGCCUCGUCUUCAUCGACGAGAUCGACGCCGUGGGCCGCCAGCGCGGCACGGGCAUCGGCGGCGGGAACGACGAGCGGGAGCAGACGCUGAACCAGCUGCUGACGGAGAUGGACGGCUUCAGCGGAGACAGCGGCGUCAUCGUCAUCGCGGCCACGAACCGGCCGGAGAUCCUCGACGCCGCGCUGCUCCGCCCGGGCCGCUUCGACCGGCAGGUCAGCGUCGGGCUGCCCGACGUCCGCGGGCGGGAGGAGAUCCUCAGGGUGCACAGCUCCAACAAGAAGCUGGACCCCGACGUGUCGCUCAGCGUCGUGGCCAUGCGCACGCCCGGGUUCAGCGGCGCCGACCUUGCCAACCUUAUGAAUGAGGCUGCCAUCCUUGCCGGCCGCCGCGGCAAGGACCGCAUCAGUGUCAAGGAGAUCGACGACUCCAUCGACCGCAUCGUCGCCGGCCUCGAGGGCACCACCAUGACCGACGGCAAGAGCAAGCUGCUUGUCGCCUACCACGAGAUCGGCCACGCCAUCUGCGCGACGCUGACGCCGGGGCACGACGCGGUGCAGAAGGUGACGCUGAUCCCACGGGGGCAGGUGCGCGGGCUGACGUGGUUCCUGCCGGGCGAGGACCCGACGCUGGUGUCCAAGCAGCAGAUCUUCGCGCGCAUCGUGGGCGGGCUCGGCGGGCGCGCCGCCGAGGAGGUGAUCUUCGGGGAGGCCGAGGUGACGACGGGCGCGGCGGGCGACCUGCAGCAGGUGACGCAGGUGGCGCGGCAGAUGGUGACCACGUUUGGGAUGUCGGAGAUCGGGCCGUGGGCGCUCAUGGAGCCGGCCGCGCAGAGCGGCGACGUCGUGCUGCGGAUGCUGGCCCGGAACUCCAUGUCCGAGAAGCUCGCCGCGGACAUCGACAGCGCCGUGAAGCACAUCAUCGACCAGGCGUACGAGGUCGCCAAGGAGCAUGUCAGGAGGAACCGCGCGGCCAUCGACCAGCUGGUGGACGUGCUCAUGGAGAAGGAGACGCUCACCGGCGACGAGUUCAGGGCCAUCUUGUCGGAGCACGUGGACAUUGGCAAGGAGCAGAGGGAAACAGCGGCCCGGACAGAGCUGGUCACGUCUUGA